AUGGAAGCAACAUCGGGAACUGGAGGCGGAGGUAGCAUCUGGAGUGAUGGAUCCACAAACCUGGCGAACGUCAUCAGAGGACUCCCCAAGUUCGAUGGAACGAAACCAGAGGACUUCAACGACUGGAUGAAGAAAUUGGGCGUGGUUGUCGGCGUUACUCGGAGGAACUCUCCCAAUCGCCAGUGGAAGGGCCAUAUGGCAAAGAGGACGAAGCCUGCGGGAGCAACCAAGUGGUGCUCCGUCCAUAACACCACUACACACUCCGACGAAGAGUGUUACAGCCAAGGAGCCAAGCGACCAGAACGCACGGGCAAGGCUUUCUCCGCAUGCUUACACUGCAUGCACUGCUCAACCCAGUCAGGAGACACACACGCCAAGCCUACCACAACGGAAUCUUCCAAAGAAACAGAGAAGACCGAGAAGGCAGAGAUCGACUUCUCUUACGACGAAGAUGCAUUCAACGGUGGAUUCAUUUACCAUGCUACAUGCAGCAAGGGAAGCGGACGCACUUUCACAACAACUGCGACUGGGGCUUCAGCACUGGUGGAUUCUGGAGCUUCUGAGACCAUGUUCGACAACUGCCUCAUCCCGAAUGGACGUGUCGAAGAAGAACGCCCGACGCCCGAGAUCAUCGACGUUGCAGGAGAAAGCCAACUACGAGGCACUACCACUGGGAUCCUACACUGCACCAUUAAAUACGACAAAGAACAGCAACUACCCGUCAAGCUACAAGGUCUCAUCGUGCCAGGACUAGGCUGGAACAUCUUCGCACCAACGGCCCUUCUCAAGAAGGGCCUCCGAUGUGUCCUGGAAGACAAGACCCCACACCUCACCAUCGGCGGAGAAGUCGUCGUUCCUCUAAAACAAAAGACUCAAGACCAAGGCAUGUGCACCCUCGCCAUCACAUUCAAGGGCGAUCCAGCGUCGACAAGCAGGACACCCCCGAACAACCAGGAUCCAGGGCGCAAGCCGAAGUUCGGAAAAUCAGAAGCGGUACUGAUCGAUCACACUCCGCACGCGACAUGCUCAGUGGCACCGGCGCCUCGGCCACCUCAAUUCAAGUGCUAUGGAGAUUUUGCGGCGCAGCCCCGCCACAGGAAGGCUCCCGUCCCGAAGAAGACCACCCGUGUCCUGACCAAACCAGGCCAACUCGUCCAGUUCGACAACAUGGGACCAAUCGACCCUCCUGCGAAGUACAACGGACACACCUACUCCUACGUCGCCAAUGCGACCGACGUUUUUACCAGAAUGCGGGAAGUGUACCUACUGUGCCACAGGACCGAAACCACGCAAGCUCUGCACGCCUACAACAUGCAAGUAGCAUCUGAAGGCUACCGCAUCGAGGUUCUACGCUGUGACAAAGGGGGAGAGAACACUGGGGAAGGAAUGCGCAACUACUGUAGGGAGUCUGCGAUCAAGCUGGAACUCGCCGCGACCAACACGACCCAAGAAAUUGAAGUGACAGAAAGGGACGGCCAGACACUUGCGGCUGUGACUCGAGCUCUACUGCGCGAUGGAGACUUCCCAAAACACAUGUGGGGGGANUCGUGCGUUCAUCACGAGCGAUACAAGAAGCUAGACGACCGGGCCGUUGAAGGCAAGCUCGGCGGUUACGGACCUGGCAGUAAGACGUACCGGAUCUACGUGGAGGGCAAAGACAAAUUCCGCCGGACAAGGCCUGAUUGUGAGACCGCGCAUCCUAAGGCACGUUUGACCAAGGUCAAGUUCUACGCGAGGAGUGAUCCCGACCAGCCGCCUGAAUACUGUACGGUGUUCCACCACAUGGUGAAAAGCGCGGGCUCAACCAUCAAGGACAACCUCUACAAGUCUUCACGGAUCGCAGGUGUUCCGAGACCAGGUGGGACUACACGUUGCGCAACUGCUUGUCAUUCGAUUCCGUUUCCGCUCGGUCGCGCCAGAGUUCCUUUGGAGGCUGUUAGGAAAGGCUGCGAGUACUUCACGCUUAUGAGACACCCCAUCGAUCGCCUGGUCUCGGCAUUUUUCUAUUGCCCAAAGGACCACGAUCUGCAACUGAGGCCAAGGAAGUGGUGCGGAUACGCCGACCACCAGGUACCCGUGACCGAUCGCCUGUUGGACUUCACCGAACACUACUGGCAGAAUAUGGCAUACAAACAGAUGGCGUACGGCAUGUACUGCCCUCCCGAUCUUAUAUGCGAAGCGACGGAGGUAAGAGGGUGA